GUGCCGUGCACUUUGUGAAACGGAACGGAGAAUAUAUUUUUGUCGUGGCGCGAGCUCAAACGAGUGCGAGAGGGAGAGAGCGCGAGAGUGUGCGACAAAGAGGCAGCGAAAAUCUGUGCGUGUACGAGAAAUCGAUAACAGCAGCUGAAGUGACAGAAGAAGAAGACGUGAAGGCAGUGGAGUAAUCGAAAGCGCGUGUGUGUCGGUGUCGGCGAAUGGAUUUAGUUUAAUGGAAAAUCCAAACAGAAAAUGCUACAGAGGAAAACUCUUCAAGUAACAACGCAAUUGCUUUGAGACCCCAUUGAGAGAGGCUGCUAAGAGUAAGGAUUGAGGCAGACAAUUGGCAGGAAGAUGCACCUGCAAAACACGCACAACGCAGUGAAACCAGUGGAACCACACGUCGCUAUGGAGUCCACAACCCCGGCAUCUCCGGCAUCUCCAGCAUCCCGGGAUGUCCGGCAGUUCCAUGAUCUGAUAACGUGCCGACUUUGUCGCGGCUACAUGAUCGAACCAACCACAGUGGAUUACUGCUAUCACACCUAUUGCCGGAGUUGCAUACUAAAGCACCUGCUGCGAGCGGUUUACUGUCCGGAUUGCAAAGCCAGCGGAGGCAAGGAAAUCAAUGAAUUGAAUCUGAAAUCGGACGAUACGCUGCGAUCACUGAUCUAUAAGCUGGUGCCGGGACUCUAUCAAAGGGAGUGCAAGGAGCUGGCUGAUUUCAAGGAGCAGCACGAGGAUUUGGUGGAUGAACCGACGACUGAUGAGCAGGAGUUCUUCACCACCACGGAACUCAUAAGCUUGUCCCUGGAAUACCAUCCCGCCAUGCUGCACCAGUGUGGUCCUGGCGAGGUGCCUCCCACUAUUUACCUGCAAUGCGCCGCCGGAUUACCUGUGGAGCUACUGAAAAGGUUCCUCUGCUCCAAGUACAACAUUGAGGCGGACAACAGUUUGGUGGAGGUGGAGGUGACCUACAAGGAUGAGGUACUGCCCUCCAAUUUCACGCUGAUGGACGUGGCCUACUGCUACAACUGGAGCCGGGAAUCGCCCAUGGCCUUCUGCUACCGGAUUCUGCUUUACGACAGCGAGCAAGCAAAAAACGAUGAGAACAACCUAUCCAGGAUUAACCAGGACAUUGAACCGGAGCGUUCGGUGCGUCGCUCCAAGUCGGCCAAAUCGGUGACCUUUGCCGAGGACCUGGAAUCGGAAAUGGACUCCGGCUCUCCGCGUUCCAAGGUGCGGUGCAAGACUCCGCCAAAAGUUUCUCCCUCGUCGAAAAACAAACGAUUGACGACGAGCAAACGGGAAGCGGAACCAGAAAGUCCGGUGAGCAACUUCAAAAGUCUGCGAAGCAACGACAUGCGGUACAGUGACUACGCCGUGUCCAAAGUUAAAAGUGAACCGGAACAGGAGCAGUUCCUGCUGCCGAGGGAACGGGAACAACAGCCUCUGGAGGCCAACACCAACAUAGUGGUUAGCAUUCCACCCUCGCAACUCGGCAAAUCCUACGUGGAUGCCGAGAACUUCGAGCUGAAGACGGCAAAUCGCAAGGGAGUGGGAGUGGGCCAUUUGCCCAAAUUGAAGAUCGAACUGAACAGCAUGAAGAGCAAGCUGAGUAUGCCAUUGUCGGCGGGUCCGCGACUGGAGGAUACCUCCUGCUCCUCAUCAUCCUCAUCAGCUCAACAGCUCGAUCUGGAGACCUAUGCCAAGAACAUUGGCCUCAAGCCCAUCGAGCAGCCUUUGCCGCACAGCGCAGCCAAUCCCGAUAGCAAAUACAGUCCCAAUGCCUCGCCCAUGUCCUCGUGCUCCAGUUCGACCAAUGGUUCCAGCGGCAGUCUGGGCACCGCCGAUGCCAGCACAUCGACCAGCACGUCCAGUUCCCAUCGCAAGCGCAAGAAGAAGCACUCCAAGGAGCCAAAGGACGCGAAUGGCAAGCGAAAGAAGUUGCACGCCGAGAUCAGCUCGCAGACCGAUGGCAAAAUGAAGGUGAAGAUUACGGCCAAACCCAAUCAUAAGUUGGAUUUCAAGCGCUCCCAUUCGCUGGCCAGCGGAGAGUUGGAUCUGCAGAAGCUCAAACUGGACAGCACCAGCACUUCAGAGGCUCUAAAUCGCACACUGGGCGAGGAGGCGCGGAGUAUCAACAGCCUGGUGGUGGGUGGAGCACCCACGCCACCGCCCACGCCCACCGCCGAACCAGAACUGCAGCAACAGCAGCAGCAACAACAACAGCAGCAGCAGCAGCAACAGCAGCAGCAGUUUGUGGUGCUGCCAAAAAUGAAGGAGCUAACCUUGCCCACAUCGCCACCUCUGCCGCCCAGUUUAUUCAAAGCCUAUACACCCAGCACAACGCCAACUGCUCCACUGGGCUCAACUGUGCCCGGAAAGACCAAGCAACAGCAACAGCAAGUGCCACAGCAACCGCAUCAGACUGUACUACAGCAGAGCCUGGCUAAAACGAAUCCCGCCAAACCGCCGCUGAGCAGCAACAACAAUCGCAAGCCGAACAGCGGACACUUUGCGGUGCCACAGGCUCCAAGCCACCGGAACAUGUACCACAUGCAACGCUACCAGUCCACACCCAGUUCGAUUGCCAGUGCGGCCAACAAGAUGCCCAAGCGAUCCCUGUCCCUGGACGAAUCGCAUCCGGCCAAGCAGGCGAGAUUGAGCCAGGCCCAGGCGAUGGCCAGCAGUUAUGCGGCCAAGCUGCACAUGCAGACGAGCAACCAGGCCAAGAGUCAGGCGGCCGCCUUUCUGCCCAAUCCCCAGAUGCGAUCCUAUGGCCUGCCCGAGCUGGGCGCCAAGCCAACGCUGCCACUGCUGUGCCCGGCCAACAGCACGGGCCAAGUGACGAUUACGCCGCGGCCCAGAGCCACACCGUCGGUGUAUUCCUUCUCGGAGCCCAAUAGCCAUGUGCCUGCGCUGGAAAUAGUGCGAUUGCCGGUGAACAAGCAGAGUGCAGGAGGCAAGGGUCUAACGAUGCCACCGCUAAGCCCGCCGGCAUCGUCCAGUGCCCGCCUGAUGGGACCACCAGCGGCUCUGCCCAAACAGGCUGGCGGACAUGGCGCGGCCAAGCGGAGCUGCCAGAUGCCGACAAUGCCAAUGCCGUUGCCGCUGCCCAUGCCGAUGACCACGAUUCCGGCGAUUGUCAAGUCGCCGCCGCUGUCAGUUGCGCUCAGUGGCCAGCGGAACAACAAGGGCAGCUCCUCGAACGCAAACUCCAACUCGAACUCGAAUGCUUAUCGCACAUCACCGCCUGCAUUAAUAAAUCUGCGCAACACAGCCGCUCCACAGCCGCUCCACUCGUUUCCAUCAAAGUCGAGCCCAAAGGUGGAAGCCAAUUCAAAGAAAUCCCCGCCAGCAGCUGGCUGCCCAGGCAAAACCAAUGGCACCGCCGCACUGGACAAGUCCAAAACGAGUUUGCGCGAGUUUCGGCCAGCAGUGCAAGCGGCUCUAACAGCCACGGCCACCACAUCGGCCACCAGUGCAGCGGGAGGAGCAGGAGCAGGAGCUGGAGCUGGAGCAGGAACAGGAACGGCAUUAGCCAAGGAUGCCGAUAUACUUGAUUUAUCAGCUAACCCGGGCAGGAGCAACAACAACGCCAAAUUGGCGCCCAGCUCACCGCCCGCUGGCCACAACAAUAAUAAUAAUAACAACAACAAUAAUAACAAUAAUAAUAACAACAACAACAGCACAAGCAACAGCUUGGAGGCAGCCUUAAACAAAAUCAAGCAGAAUAUAUCGGCGAACAGCAAUGGUGGCCCAUCGACCACUGCCGGCGGUGGCAACUCGAACGGCACCACCAACGGCGACGAUCUCCAGAAUCUGCAUAUGCUCUCGGAAUCGGCCACGGCCCGGGAGAAGAUCUCCAUCAAGGCAGCGGGCAGUGGAAGCAGCAGUGGUAGUCCAAGUGGUAGCGCCAAACCCAAGAAUGCCAAUGCUGUGGUGAGGCCACAGAAUGCCUCGGUCAGGAGCAUACCCAAUCCAUCGGCUUUGGCCUUCCGCAAUCAGCCGGCAGCGGCCAGCACAGCAGCCAGCAUCAGCAAACCCUUGACGGUUCGCGCCGAUGAGAAGCUGAAGGUGUCCACCAGCAAUCCGGGAUCACUGAGUCCCAACACCAGCAGCAGCAGCAGCAGCUCAAGCAGCAGCUCUGGAUGCAGUGCAGCCACGUCGCCGCGGGCCAUGACCAAGAAGCCCACGACCAUCGAUCAAGUGGCGGCCAAUUUGAAUAUUCGCGCCGAGGCCAAGGCCGCCGCUCUCGCCGAGGAGGCACCGCCCGUUCUCAGUUCCAAUGCGGCCAAGUCCCCGGAGUUGGCCAAAACGACCACAACCACGGUGGCGUCGCGGCCAGAGCCCAAGGAGACGCCCAUCACUGUUUCGGCGGCCAGCACCCUGCUGACCAUCCCAUCCGCGGUGUCCAGUGUGUCCGCCGUUCCGGAAUCCAUGGCCAAGCCACCCGUACAGAUUGCCAAUGCUCCGGUGGCGAGUUCCGCUUAGUCACAAGCGUUUCUUUGGCUGUGCGGAACGCAAAUGUAUCUUGUGGCGCCGCUGGAGAAUCUGCGAAAUACCGACAACAACUGAGGUGAUGAAAAACAACCGUAUAAACAAACUACUCCUGUAGCACAAAAUGUUCCAACCUCGCUCCCGAAGAAGAAGUGCAAUUUAAUCAACCAACCAGUAGAAUGGAUCGUAAGCCUUAGAACUAAACCGAACAACUCGAAGCAAUAUCUACACAGCGGAAUGUAUCUGUUGGAUGCGAAAACCGCAUCAUUUGCAUACGUACGAGUAUAUAUGCAAACAUUUGCAAUCGAAUUAGUACGCGACUAAAUAAAUAAUCCAAGCAAAUUUCAAAAA